AGGAGCUCGCCGACGAGGCCGAAGCGCGUGAGAGAGGGCAAGCGGGAAGCGAUGGCGGCCCGGGGUUCCUCUGGGAAGCGUGGCGCCGGGUCCGGGGGAUCUCGAGGGCCCGAUCCCCAGGAGGAGCCGCCGCCUCCUCUCCAGGCCGUGCUGGUCGCCGACAGCUUCAACCGGCGCUUCUUCCCCAUUUCCAAGGACCGGCCCCGGGUGCUCAUUCCUCUGGCAAAUGUGGCUAUGAUUGAUUACACUUUAGAAUUCCUAACGGCAACUGGAGUGGAAGAAACCUUCGUCUUUUGCUGCUGGAAGUCAGCAGAGAUCAAGGAGCAUUUACUGAAAUCUAAGUGGUGCCGUCCGACCUCUCCAAACACAGUGCGGAUUGUGACCUCAGACCUCUACCGUUCACUUGGUGAUGUGCUAAGGGAUGUUGAUGCCAAGUCGCUUGUUCGUUCUGACUUCAUCCUUGUCUCAGGAGAUGUGGUGUCCAAUAUUAAUGUUUCCACUGCUUUAUGGGAACACAGGCGACGACGUAAGCAAGAAAAGAACAUCUCUGUGAUGACAAUGAUUUUCAAAGAAUCCUCUCCAGGUCACCGAGCCAGGUGUCAGGAGGAUGACAUUAUCCUUGCUAUGGACAGUGCCACCAAGAGGGUGCUGCACUACCAGAGGACCCAGGGGCUGAAGCGCUUCGAGUUUCCUGUGAGCUUGUUCCAGAGCAAUACGGAAGAUGUGCAAAUACGGCAUGAUUUGUUGGACUGCCACAUCAGCAUCUGCUCUCCCCAGGUGGCUGAGCUGUUCACUGAUAACUUUGAUUAUCAAACUCGUGACGAUUUUGUGCGUGGCCUUUUGGUGAACGAGGAAGUCUUGGGCAACCAGAUCCAUAUGCACGUGACUUCGGAAGAGUAUGGUGCCCCUGUAUCCAACUUGCUAAUGUAUGAGGCGGUGUCCUCCGACGUUCUUCAACGCUGGGUUUAUCCAAUGACACCAGAGAUGAACCUCACUGAUGACAAGAAGCAGAGUUGCACUCAUUCCCGGCACAACAUCUACCGGGGGGCGGAGGUGAGCCUGGGCCACGGCAGUGUGCUGGAAGAGAACGUCCUCAUCGGGCAGGGGACGUCUGUGGGCAGGAAAUGCACUAUAACCAACAGUGUCAUUGGCCCCGACUGCAAGAUAGGUGAUGAAGUCACUCUGGACAGGGCAUUCCUAUGGAACGGUGUCCGAGUCGGAGACCAUGUAAAAAUCCAGCAGUCAAUUGUUUGUGAUGAAGCUGAGGUGAAGAAAGGGGUAACGCUGAAUCCUCGCUGCGUCCUCACUUCCCAGGUGGUGGUUGGCCCUGACAUGGUUCUUCCAGAAGCCACUGUCAUCUCUCUGCAUCCCACGGAUGAGGAAGAGGAUGAUGAUGACGACCAGUUCAGUGAUGAUUCCAGCGUGAACAAAGAGGAGAGCAAAGUGAAGCUAAAAGGUUACAGUAUAGCAGAAGUUGGCGCCGAGGGCAAAGGUUACCUCUGGAAAGCAGUGAGUGAGAAUGAUGUGGAUGAAGAGGAGCAAAGGCAGUCCCUUUGGGGUCCAACUUUAAAUGUGGAAGAAGAAAGUGAGACAGACAGUGAUAUGAGUCUGGGGUCUGAGCAGCCAGACAGUCGGACAGCUUCCCCUCAGCUGGAUGACAUCAAAGUUUUCCAGAAUGAAGUGCUGGGUACUCUGCAGAGAGGGGAAGAGGAGAACAUCUCCUGUGACAACCUGGUUCUGGAGAUCAACUCACUCAAAUAUGCCUAUAACAUUGGUCUGAAGGAGGUGAUGGAGGUGCUCAGCAAAGUGGUCCUGGAGUUCCCCCUGCAGCAGAUAAACACAGAAAAGGAUCCCCAGCACUACUGCAUGUUGAUAGUCCCUCUAUUGAAGAACUGGGCUCCGGUGUUCAAGAACUACAUAAAACGAGCAUCGGAUCACUUGGAUGCUUUGCAUGCCAUUGAAGAGUUCUUCUUGGAACACGAAAGCCUGUGCAUGUCGAUGGCCAAAGUACUGAUGACUUUUUACCAGUUGGAAAUCUUAGCAGAAGAGAUGAUUCUCACCUGGUUUUCUCGGCGGGACACAUCUGACAAAGGCAGACAGCUUCGUAAAAACCAGCGGCUUCAGAAGUUUAUCCAGUGGCUGGAGGAGGCUGAAGAAGAGUCGUCUGAGGGAGAGCAAAAUUGACAUGGCAGCUUCCAUCAGAAAAAGACGCCCCAGCUACCCUUCCAGGAGGAAGGGAGGGCCACAGUGCCAGGCUUUGCCUAGCAAGGUGGGGGAGCAAGAGCAAGACCUGGCGCAUGGUGUGUACGUGUGGGACCCGAAAAAUCCAAGUGGACUGACAAUCCCAUUGUUGUUUAUCUAUGUACUCAACACCCACCCCUGGAAAUGCACCUCAUGCCGAGACGGCACGAGAGCCAUUGGUUGGAAAAGCCAGAGACCUGUAUAAUGUGUUAAGAUCUUUCCAAGGCCUGUAUAUAUAUCGAUAUCGAUCUAUAUAUAUAUUUCUAUAUAUAUAUAUCUAUAUAUAUCUGAUGAUGUAUAAAUAAGCUAUCUAUUGGGGUGGGGGCUUACUGCUGAUGUCUCUGGUGACUGACAGGCAAAUACAUACCAACUUCUUGUCAGCCUUUACUGCUGGGGUUUGAACCACUUCUGAGUUGCAUAAAGGAGGCCCUGUGCAUCCAAGCAUACUUGAAGCCUUUGACUUCCCUGGAGUGCUGUAAGUGCAGGUGAUUUCCCCCUUUUGGGCUUAGGUGCCAAUUGGUCAUGCAGGAGACACAGGAAAACAUAGGUCAGCAACGUGAGCUCAGGAUUCUCGCUUGCAGGCAAAGGCAGAGAGAUUCAGCCACAUGGGAGAGGACUGCCUUUCCUGAAGGGAAGGUGGCUUUGCAGUCUGGCUUGCUUUCAUAUGGGCUCAGAUGUCUACUUGGCAUUGCAGCCUUUGCCAAAAUCAUGGAGCCUCUUCUGUUCGUACAAAAAUGGGGCAUUCACCUACCUCACCAGGAAUUUGUUCAUACAUGAAAACGGGUGAAGUGUUUUCGGAAAGGUUUCACUUUACUGAAGCAAGUAAGUAUUCUUGUGCUCCUGAUGGUGGAAGUUUUCUUCCCACGUCCAACCUGCUUCCUGACCAGUCUGGUUCUUGGGAUCUGGAAAGGUGGGUCUGUUACCACCCUACACCCCACUCUGUAGAGGAACAGAUGUUGUUGGUAUUAACCAAGAGGCUGCUAGAGUGUGUCCCCACAGCUUUUGGCAAGUGUGUGUACCAUUGUGGAAAUUUUUGUGUUCUGCUUUGGUGCUUGAUUGGCAACGCUGACAGUUCUUAAAGAAACAAAGUGUAAAACACAGUGUAGAUCAGCCACCACUACACAUGGGACCCAAUAAUUUCAGAGGAUUUCAAACCAUGAUUUUUUAAAAUCUAAAAUAUGCUUCUGUUUCCUCUUAACCGUUGGCAUUGGAAGGCCUGUGGUUCCUGGGUUGGUAUAGGAACGUGUGGUACCCUGUCCUUUCCAUCCUGUUCCUCUUUGCACCUUUCUUCACUGACAGAAUCCUCAAGCAGCAGUUCAGUGUCCACCCACUAGCAAUGGGGACAGUAAGGUACAGUGUACAACAACUUGGGUCGGUUAGUUGGGGCCUGUCUUACUGAUCUUGCAACUGUUAACUUCAAGAGAAGGUGUUAUAGUAGAACCCAUGUUGUCAGUCCAGGGAGUGAGGGUGGGAGCGGAUGAGGCACUGGAUGGUAUCAUGGCAUGUGAGCCCAAGUGGAGUCACUAAAGUAUAAGGGGAAACAUUGCCAGUUGGGAGAAAAGAGCCAAGUCAAGUCAAUAUUUAUUACGGUCAGUGACCAGCAAGAAGGGAAGAACCUAAACACUGGCAAUGGUGUUGGGCUUCUUUUGACACCAUAUCCUCUUGUAAAUGUUGGGAAAGAAGUGCUUUUUCUGUGUCUGCCAAUAUUUAGCUUGGGGAGCAAUUAAAACAUCCCUGGUAUAAAGAA